UGUUGAACGUGUAUUUGGACGUCACCACGUUUGUCACACUAGGUAUUGAACACAGCAAAUACAGAAGGACACCACAAGAUGGCGAUCUUGCAUUAGCAAGAAAAUGCGUCAAAUCGAGGGUAUUCAUGGACGCACACGAUGUAAGACUCUAGCUAAAAGUUGUAUAGACAUAAAACCUAACCUUUUAUCCUUUCCAGUCCUCAUCAUGCAGGUUUUAAAAUCAGUAAUGGAAGACAACGUAGGCUCAUCCUCAGAAACAGUGGUUAUCAAACAGCUUCCACCUUCUGCUCAAGCACCAGUAAUCUACUCACCUUCAGAGAAGGAAUCUGACUCCAUAAUCCUGUCUACCUGCCCUGGUGAAGGACUUAAGUUUGGAGUCUGUUAACAGGUAAUGGUUUAAGAUCAUGGCUGAACAAAGGCAACGGGCCCUGUCUACAUCAGGAGAGGCUCUUUACCAGGUUCUUGGCCUUGACAAGAACUGCACUCAUGAUGACAUCAAGAGGUCCUACAGGAAGCUCGCUUUGAAAUAUCAUCCUGACAAGAACCCCGAGAACCCCGAUGCCACUGACAAAUUUAAAGAGCUCAACAAUGCUCAUGCAGUGCUGUCUGACGUCACUAAGAGGAACAUUUAUGACAAGUACGGCUCCCUGGGUCUGUAUGUGUCGCAGCAAUUCGGGGAGGAGAAUGUGAACACAUACUUUAUGCUCUCCAGCUGGUGGGCCAAGGGUCUGUUUGCCAUCUGUGGCUUGCUGACAGGUUGCUAUUUCUGUUGUUGUCUGUGCUGCUGUUUCAACUGCUGUUGUGGGAAGUGCAAACCGCACACACCUGGAGAAGAGGACCCGGAGUUCUAUGUGUCUCCCGAAGACUUGGAGGAGCAGAUCCGUACGGACAACGAAAGAGAUGGCGACACUCCUAUUGUCCUGCAGCCAACCAAUGCUAGUGAGAAGACCCAGCUGAUCGGCGAUGGACACAGAACAUACACCUAAAAGCAAAGGAGUCACCAUAGAUAUUAAUUUUAAAAUUCUUUUUGAAUGUAUUGUUGUCUUUUACAAUAUACUGUUUAUGUUAAGACUGAGAAAGCUAAAACUAGUCAACUUCUUAAGCUUUGUUUAACCGUGCUGUCUGUAAAUAACAGAUAUUAUAUUUAUUCUUAUGCUUCAUGUGGAAUUA